GUGACGACGACCUUGCCAAGUGGCCAGCAGAUGCUGAUGGAGCCUGUGACUGGACAGUUCCCCCCGCAGACUGUCGCACCCAUGGGCACACAGCCACCUGGCCCCGGCUACAUGUACGCCGCACCGGCCGGAACGGAGGCUGCACCCACGCCCUUGCCUCCGGCAACACAGGCCCCUGGUCCAGGCUUCAUGUAUGCCGUCCCCACCGCGACUGAGCCCGUGCCCACGGAGCUGCCAGCUGACGCUGCCCCCGGCCCCGGCUACGUCUUCGCUGCUCCCGAGGGCGUGCCACCUGGCGCCAUGUAUGCCGCCCCCGCGGCCGAGGUGCCACCCGGUGCAAUGUACGCCGCCCCUGAGAUGCCACAGGGUGCAAUGUACGCUGCUCCCGCGGCUAUGGAGGGUGCAAUGUACGCCGCCCCUACUGCCAGCGAGGGUGCAAUGUAUGCUGCUCCCAUCGGUGAAGGUAGUGAGGGGCAGCCAGCACCGGCGCCGAUGCUGGGACAGACCAUCAUGGGAAACACUUACCAGGUCAGAAUCCCGGUGGACAGCGUGAGGGAUGAGAGCGGCGCCGCGAUGACGCAGUGGCCCGCCGCCUUCAAGAAGAUCCAGGUGGACGGUGAGACCCAGUACGUGGCCGGGAAGACUGAGGAGGUUGAUGGACCGGCGCAGGUCGGCACUCAGCGCGUGGAGCAGACCGUGGCUGGACAGGUGAAGCAGCAGAUCGUGGAGAUCCCGCAAGUCCAGGAGGUUGUCGAGGAGCAAGAAAUCCCUGAGGUGCAGAUCGUGCAGAAGAUGGUUGAGGUUCCACAGAUCGUCCAGCAGGAAGUGGAACAGAUCGUGGAACAAGUUGUCCAGGUGCCGGAGAUCAUUCAUCAGCCGAAAGUCUCUCACCGCCACGUGGAGCAAGUUGACAUCCCAGUGCCUCAGACCGUUGAGGAGGUGGUCCAUGUGCCCGUGACACAGACCCAAGCUCGCCGGCAUCUCAGUCAGCGUGUUCAUCUCAACUGCCACCAUCAUGUGCACGUCGAGCAGCAAGUGGAGAUUCCUGUCCAGAUGAUGCAGGAGCAGACCGUGCACGUGCCGAAGGUGGUGACCCAGAAGCGUCAGACCCACCAGCACGUUGAACAGAUCGUCGAGGUCCCCGUGCCCAUGACACAGGAGGAGGUGGUCCACGUCCCCAAGAUCAUCACGCAGACCAGAGUGCAGCAGGAGCGAGUAGAGCAGAUGAUCGAGGUGCCCAUUCCGAUGCAGCAGGAGGAGGUCGUUCAUGUUCCCGAGAUUGUCAUGCAGCCUCGGAUUGUGCACCAGCCGGUCGAGCAGAUUGUCGAGGUGCCUGUCCCCAUGACCCAGGAGGAGCAGGUCCACGUGCCCAAGGUCAUUACGCAGACCCGUAUCCGUCACCAGCACGUGGAGCAAAUCGUCGAGGUGCCGGUGCCCAUGACCCAGGAGGAGCAGGUCCACGUGCCCAAGAUCAUCACCCAGACGCGUGUCCGUCAUCAGCCGGUGGAGCAGGUCGUGGAGGUGCCGGUGCCCAUGACGCAGGAGGAGCAAGUGCACGUGCCCAAGAUCGUCACCCAGACUCGCCAGAUCCACCAGCAUGUGGAGCAGCAGGUGGAGGUGCCUGUGCCCAUGACCCAGGAGACUGUCGUGCACGUCCCGAAGGUCGUGACCCAGACGCGAGUCAUGCACCAACAUGUGGAGCAGGUGGUCGAAGUGCCCAUGAUGCAGGUCCAGGAGCAGGUCGUCCACGUGCCAAAGGUCAUUGAGCAGGAGCGGGUGAUGCACCAACACGUGGAGCAAGUGGUCGAAGUCCAUGUGCCCAUGACGCAGGAGCAGGUGGUUCAUGUGCCGAAGGUGAUUCAGCAGGAACGCGCCCACCACUUCCACGUCGAGGAGAUUGUGGAUGUCCCGGUGGAGCAGCGCGUCGAGCAAAUCGUGCAUGUUCCGAAGGUCCAGAAGGUUGAGAAAAUCGUCCACAACCCUGUCGACCUCGAGGUCGAAGUGCCUCGUCCGGUGGUCAUCGAGAAGACGGUCCAGGUGCCCACAGUGCACGUCGAGGAGAAGGUGAUCAAGGUGCCGAAGGUGCUGAACACAGUGGUGGACACCGUGGUUCAAAACACCGUGGAAACGGUGGAAGUCGUGAAGCCGGUGGUGGUUCACAAGGUGGUCCAGCGCAAGAAGCCCAUCGUGCAGGAGGACAUCGUGCAGAUUCCGAAGGUGAUGGUGCAGCACGUUCCGGUCCAGAAGGUCGUUGAGAAGCAGGUGUCGGUUCCUGUGGUGCAGGAGGUUGAGCAGAUUGUCGAUGUGCCCGUUGUGAAACACAGGCAGGUGCCAAUGGUCCAGAAAGUCGAGAAGCAGAUUCAGGUGCCUCAGGUGGAGUACACCGACCACCACAUUGAAGUCCCCAUUCACAAGCAGGUGCACGUGCCCAUGAUCCAGACGAUCCAGAAAGAGGUGGAGGUGCCGCAGGUGGUCUUUGAGGAGGAGGUCGUGCAGGUCCCUAUCCAGAAGCAGGUGCACGUCCCAGUGGUGCAGAAGGUCCAGAAGACUGUCGAGGUUCCUCAGGUCCAGUACGAGGACCAGGUGGUGCAGGUACCCAUCCAGACGCAG